CUUUCAUGUCAACCGCCAACGACAAUUGACUGUCUUUUACCUUCUUCGCGUGAUUUGCCACCAAGAAUCGCUCUUUUCUGCACAUCUAUCUCAUCUAGAAGCAUGAUGAGGCGAUCCCAAAGUGUACGGAAUCAGCCACGCCCAUCUUUAGCCCUAAUAUCCGAUGAUCUUGGUGUUCUUAGAGAAGGCGACGAGUCGAAUGAGGAUGUCCUUCGGAAGCAACUGAUUGAGAAAGAUAGAGAGUGUGAUCGGUUACAAACCCAAGUCCAGCAACUCCAGGCGCAGCUUGCUCAAAGGCCAUCAUUAGAAUCUGUCCAGGAGCUGCAAAAAGAACAUAAGAACUUGGAACUCCUUCUUCAAGGAACACAGAGAGAGAAUGAGCGUUGUAUGGCUGAUAUCGAAAGAGGAAAGACACGUGAAAAAAUGCUGGAACGUGAGUUGGCCCGGUUGGCGGGGGACAAUUGGCAGGUAUCACUAGACAUAGCGCCGAGUCCAGCAGCGUUCCAGCCACAUGCCACUCUUUCUGGGCAUCGACACUCGCUCCCUUCUGCCGCGUCCGACGCCAGUGGUGACAUUAACAACGCGGCGCUGUUAGCGCGUCUUGAUCAGAUUCGUUUGACCGUUUUGGGAAUGGAGCAAAGGGCCUUGCAGAGAGAGGAGAAGCUUAACAAGAAUAUUCAAGUGGCAGAAGCAGAAGCUCGAAAGUACGAAGAUAUAUCCAAGUCCUUGACUGCGUAGCAAGGUCUGUUCCUCACGAUUCAUCAACGAUACCGCACGAUACUGUUACACUAUCAUUUCAGGCCAUGGUCUAUUUGUAUUAUAGCACCCGCAACGUUGGAUUUAACGGCAAUCUGUAUAUAAGAGCCCGUAUAAUAUGUUUGUUCGAGUGAUUGAAGAGCAGUAAGAUCAAGCUUCUGGCAUUUCCUAGGACAUCGUAGCCAUCGAAAGACCAUGGCAAGAUUUGGAUUAUGAUAAUCCUAUGAGUCAUUGGAUGAAUUGCUUGAAAUAUAACCCCGCCUUUGGUAAUGUCUCAACGGAAUCCUGUAUUGGGGUCCUUUAUGGUACUCCGAUACUCCACCGACGUGGGAACUGUAUUCGUAUGGGGACCUCAAUUUGCCCCGGGGA